AUGUCGAAUCCAGUAAAAGAUGAUAAAAAAUUGUUGUCAACACAAUUAGUGCAUGAUAAAACGGAUAAUGCUGUUGAUGCAACAGUAAAGGAUGGCGAGUGUACUCUGGAACAAUUUAAUAAAAAUGUGACGGUAAAAGAUGAUGAAAAAUUGUUGUCAACACAAUUAGUGCAUGAUAAAAAGGAUAAUGAUGUUGAUGCAACAAUAAAGGAUGGCGAGUGUACUCUGGAACAAUUUAAUGAAAAUUGGUCUGCAAACAACUAG